AAAAAGACAAAACAAAGCUCAGAAAAGCAAAAGAAAAAGCGGAAAAUUUGGGGAAAAUAUGGAUUUUUCUCAGCUAACAGAGGCAAUGGCCUCCAGAUCCUAUGACAAAAUCGCUGAUAUCUCCGAUCAACUCAUGCUUCAGGUCGCUUCGGAAGGUGUUGCGUUUGAAGACGAAUGGCCGUACGCUGUUCAUCUCCUCGGCCACAUUUACCUCAAUGAUCUAAACAGUGCUCGGUUUUUGUGGAAAAUUAUACCACAGUCAAUCAAGGAGAGCCGCCCAGAAGUGGUUGCCGUCUGGAAAAUAGGGCAGCAGUUGUGGACUCGAAAUUAUGCUGGUGUGCAUGAUGCGAUCCGUGGAUUCAAUUGGAGUGCAGAGAUUCAAGAUUUUGUGGCGUCAUUUGCAGAGAGAUACACCAAAAGGAUGCUAGAGCUACUGAUGUCUGCUUAUUCAACUAUAAGUAUUCAAGAUACGGCACUCUUUUUGGGGAUGAAUGAGAAUGAUGCCACCAACUAUGUAUUGCAACAUGGGUGGAAUGUGGAUGCUGCUUCUCAAAUGCUUACGGUUAAGAAGCAAGUUGUUGUUACCGAGCAGAAAAUAGACCCUUCCAAAUUGCAGCGUUUGACUGAAUAUGUAUUCCACCUUGAGCACUAGCUUUUACGUGUCAUGUAAAUUUUGAAUCUGUUAUGUCUGCACCAAACUAGCAUGAAUGUAGGGGUAUUUUGUACUUGUUAUGGCACCAGAUUUUGUGCUGCAUUUUUAGGCAUAUGCUUCUCACCAAUUCGAUUA